GAUCGAACGGGGACCGAGAAAGGAUCGAAGACGAAGAGGCCGCCGAGCCCUCCCUCUCCGCCCCUCUCCCUCUUCCUCUCCUUCGUUCCAUGGAAUUCCCGCCCUUGCGUUGGUUUCUCUGUCCCAAUCAUCCUCUACGCCGCCCGAAUUAGCAAUCGCAGAAAAAAGGGGGAUUUUUUGGGGUUCAUUUGGAAGUGCAUUGGUGGUGCUCUUGGAUUGUUCUAUCAGAAGGAAAUCAGGUGGCCGCAUCGGGUGGUUUCCCUUUGUGCGUGGGGAAGUCGAUUUUUUCCUCAAAAGAUUGGAUUUUGGCUUGUUCUUGUUUAGAGUUCGAGUUAAUUUUUCCUUCUUUUGGUUAAUCCGUCCAUUUUUCUUGGUCGAGACGUCGUCUUCGAGUUAGAAUCGGCGGUGUUUCGGUUUCUGAUUCGUUGUGUUAGGUUGCAUUGAGAGGAAAGUUGAUUUGGGCGGAAACACCCGUUUUGCUAUGAAUCGGAUUUAGCUGUUCUCAUGAAUGGAAGGCGGAGCUCUUUGGUCUCAAGGGAUGUGCCGCUUACAGAGAACAGCCGGUUCUAAUUGCUUGGAGGAGAGGCAGAUUAGUCCGAAGCCUGAGGUGGAAGCUUCGAGGGUGCAGAAGCUGAAGAGCUCGAUGGUGUCGAGGCCCAAGAUCAAGCUUUGGAUGGUGCGAUUGACGACGGCGGUGUUGCUUUGGACCUGCGUCCUCCAGCUUAUGGCAAUUGGGGAGAUUUGGGGGCCGAGGCUAUUGAAAGGGUGGCCAUCCUGCUUCACUCCGGUUAAUGAAUCCUCUCCGGUGGUCGUCGUCUACAAAGCUGUUCUGCCCCCCAAAAGAAUCUACAGGAACAAUGGAUACUUGAUGGUUUCAUGCAAUGGUGGACUUAAUCAAAUGAGAGCAGCGAUCUGCGACAUGGUUGCUAUUGCGAGACAUUUGAAUGUAACACUCAUAGUGCCAGAGCUAGACAAGACCUCCUUCUGGAGUGACCCUAGGUAUGUUUUAACUUUGUCAGGAUUUGGGGUUAUUGCAGGUUAUAUAUGUGUUAAACACAGUUCCUAUUAUUCUAGUGAAUUCCAAGAUAUAUUCGAUGUCGAUCAUUUUAUAACUUCAUUGAGAGAUGAAGUUCGGAUAUUGAAGGAACUUCCUCUGAGGUUAAAGGCAAGGGUUGAUCGAGGACUGGUUUAUUCGAUGCCGCCUGUUAGUUGGUCUGAUAUUUCGUAUUACGAAAAUCAGAUUCUUCCUUUGAUACAAAAGUUCAAGGUUGUCCAUUUGAAUAGAACCGAUGCCCGGCUUGCUAAUAAUGGUCUUCCGCCAGAAAUACAGAGAUUGCGCUGCAAAGUGAACUAUGCCUCACUUAGAUUCACCCCUCAAAUUGAAGAAUUGGGCAGACGGAUAAUUAGAAUUCUGCGGCAGCAAGGUCCUUUUAUGGUUCUGCAUUUGCGGUAUGAAAUGGAUAUGUUGGCAUUCUCUGGGUGCACCCAAGGUUGUACUCCUGAGGAAGCAGAUGACUUGACUAGAAUGAGAUAUGCAUAUCCCUGGUGGAAAGAGAAGGUCAUCGACUCUGAUAUGAAAAGGAAAGAUGGUCUCUGCCCUCUAACACCGGAAGAGACCACUUUGGUACUGAGAGCGUUCGGUAUCGAUAGCAAUUUUCAAAUACAUAUCGCAGCUGGAGAAAUAUUUGGCGGAGAAAGGAGAAUGCAGGCUCUUUCCGCGGCUUAUCCUAAAGUGGUAAAAAAGGAAACUCUAUUGGGACCUUCGUAUCUUCGAUACUUUCAGAAUCACUCAUCCCAAAUGGCCGCGUUAGAUUACUUAGUUUCUUUAGAGAGCGAUAUCUUUGUUCCUACAUAUGAUGGUAACAUGGCUAAAGUUCUUGAAGGUCAUCGCAGGUAUCUCGGGUUCAAGAAGACAAUUCUAUUGGACAGGAAGCUGCUGGUCGAUCUGAUAGAUCAGUACACCAAUGGCGCCUUGAGUUGGGAUGAAUUAUCUUCGUCAGUGAAGGCAACUCAUGCUGAACGCAUGGGUGGCCCUAGCCGGAGAGUGGUGAUUCCCGACAGGCCUAAGGAAGAGGACUACUUCUAUGCAAAUCCCCAAGAGUGUCUCCCACAGCCUGAUAAACCAUGGACUUCGUGAAUCCAUUUCAGGGGCACGAUACUCUUAAACUCUUAGAAGAAGAAAAUAGCUAUUUAUUCAACAGAUGGGAAUGGCAGGCAGUUUUCCUAGUGUUCCCAGGAUGCCGAAAUGAAAGCAAAUGUAUUUUUCAAUCAUUACAAUACAAUAGCUUUAUUCAUAUUUCAUACCAUUCAAAUAAUCUUCAUUCAUGUAUAGAAGAGUUAAGACAAAAGUGAACAGAGAGAGAGAGAGGGGGAUGAAAGAAUGAUGUAAAUCUGAAUGUGAAUAACAUGAGAUUGUAAUUGAGAGAUUACGAUGUUGUAUGAAUGUAGGUUGGUGGGAAGACCCUCUCCUGAAAAUUGUCAUGAAAUAUCACUUGUCUUGAACA